CGGCUACGCGGCCCGUAGCCCGUAGCCCGUAGCUCGUAGCGCCUCGUAGCCAGUCCUCGCGCGACGCCCGCGGCGCCCGCACCGUCGCGCGUCACUUCCGGUAAAAAAAAUGAACUUUUCGAAAUUCAAAUUUGAACUCGCAGCGUUCGGAGCAUAGAGUCUUUUUUGUUUUUAAAUUCGCAACGGGAACAAAAACGUCGUCGGUCAGUGUUUGCUAAACUGAAUGUGUUAGCCGGGACAGUAGUUGUCAGUGGCAGCCGCUGUGGUGGCUCGUCGUUUCCCUGGAUACUGCUCGCUGCGUGUUCAACACAGUAACGCACAGUAUUUACUAUCAGCUGCUGGUUGCUCAGUUUGUUGAUGGACAGUGCCCCCCGGCGGGUCAGUGGUGGCCGGUGUCGGAGCCGGCGAGCUCACGAGAUCUACAAGAAGCAACGUAGCGCUGGACUAUAUACGAGUAGUACUGUGGUAAUCUUCCACAGCUGCGAUCAAAAACUUGAACGUAAUAUGUGAGCACCGUGCCCCGCGGCAUCAGCAUGUUGCACCGCACGUCGUCGUCGUCGAAGCGGCGUCGCGCGUCGCGCAGCGCGGCCGCGUCCCCCGCGCCCCCCGCGUCCCCCGCCCGCUCCCCGCGCGCCUCCGCCGCCGCCUCGCGCCGCGCCUCGCUCGCCACCACCGACACGGACGACGACGAGCCCGCGCCCCCCGCGCCCGCCGCCCCGCGCAGCCCCCGCGCCUCGCUCGCGCCCGGCGACUACGCGCGCUCCCUGCGGCACUCGCUGGCCCCCGACCCCGCGCCCGAGCGCCGCGCCAGCCUCGCGCCCUCGCGCAACAACCUCGCCGUGGACGCCGCGUACGGCUCGCGGCUCAGCCUCAACCCGCAGGACUUCAACCGCAGCCCGCGCAACAGCAUCACGCCGGACAUGGCGGCGCGCAGCCCGCGGCGCAGCCUGGUGCCCGAGGGCACGGCGUGGGCGCAGCCGCGCGGCUCGCUGGCGCCCGACGUGGGUCGCAGCCCGCGGCACUCCGUGGCCAGCAUCCAGCUGGACCCGGCGCGGCAGAAGGAGCUGGGCCCGAGCCCGCGCACGUCCCCGCGCGGCGCGGCCCCCGAGCCGGGGCGGUCGCCGCGGGGCAGCCUCGUGCCGGACCCGCAGCGCUCGCCGCGCGGCAGCAUCGCCUCGGCGCGCGGCAGCCUGGUGCCGGACGACGGCGCGCGCGCCUCGCCCCGCGGCUCCCUCACGCUCACCUUCCAGGAGCCGCUCGUGUCCCGCGAGCGCCGCGCCAGCGAGGACAGCACCACGGCCGGCCGGGGGCGGGUGUCCCCCUACCGGGCGUCGCUGGGGGGCGGCGCGGGGGGCGCGGGGCGCAGCGCUCUGUCAGACAACGGCUCAAGGCGUGCAUCCAGCUCCGUCAGCCAGGUGUCCGGCGACGAGCAGCGGCGGCUGUGCGGCGAGCAGGCCAAGUUCGAGCGCUCGGGGCUCGGGCUGGGCGUGGGGCUCACCACCUACGGCUCCGUGGCCUACCAGCUCAAGGACGCCAACAUGGAGGCCACCGGCACCGUGGACUUCGUGUGCAGGGCUGCCAGGAUCAUGAAUAGGACUAUUCUGAUGACGGUGUUCCUGGCCUGCCUCUCCACGCUGCCCGUGGUCAUGCUCAUAAUGGGCGUGCAAUACAUCCGCGACUGUCCCGCGCAGCCGCGCCUGCCAGUCUACAUGGUGGUGGGCGGCGCGGCGGGCGGCGCGGCCGUGGCGUGGCUGCUGUGGGCGCAGCUCGCGUCGCGCGGCGCGCACGCGCAGGCCUCCAUACCGGAGCGCGUGCUCGCGUAUACGCUCACGCUGUUUCUUAUCACCUGGUUUGGCUUCGGCAACUACUGGACGCUGGGAAUCAUGUGGCCGGACUACGCGCCGACGCUGUUCGAGCCGAACCAGUGGUGCCACCGCUCGCUGUACGUGUUCGCGCUGGCCUCGCUCGGCCUCGUGUGGGCCGUGCUCGCGGCGCUCGCGCUCGCGCUCGCCGCGCUCGUCGUGUGCCAGGUGUUCGGGUGCGGGUGGCUGGGCCCGCCGCGCUACAAGUAGCAGCGGCGCAGCGUCGUGCUGGAGCUGUGGCACCGCAACAUGAACAACACCAUGGACGUGGCGGGCGCGCUGCUGCCCUUCACGCACCUGGCGCGCCCCGAUCUCUCCGUCCCGCUCUCCGAGCGAGCGAGACAGGUGAUCCCCGAGAUCCGCGAGCCGCACGAACACACGCCCGUGAAGGAGACGGAGCUAGCGCGCUCGAGGCCCGCGGCCUGAUUGUUGUGGGUCGUGCGCAGCAAAAAGCACGUCCACUUCGAGAGCACGGACAAGGUGUACUACUUCUGAGUGCGUGACGUCAGUGUUGUGACGUCACAGUUCCGUCGACGCUUAGUUUUAAUGUAGGAUAGGCUGAUUUAAUUGCUGUAUGUUCUUUAAAUGACAACGAAAGUUAAGGUUAAGUUGGUUUAACUGUAAGUUUAACAAGUAGGAGGUUUUUGCUAUUUUUU